AUGACGACCGUCAAUAACAAGCCCGACACACCGCUUUUUGACGUCCAAGGGGUUGUUUUCGGGGACCUAAUUCACCCGGCACUCUACGAAGAAUACUUUGGAUACUGUAUGCUGCUCGAAGUCUCGACGUUCAUCGUCUUCCUUCUAUCGUUUUUGCCAUUUUGGCAUGUUUUGAGCCUGAAAAAGGUGAGGGGUCUAAAGAUUACACUGGUUGGUGUUGCUAUGAAUGUGCCGUUUGCAAUCGCUAUUGAAAGAUUUGUGGCCACGAAAAAUUUGAAUUACUACGAGGAGCAACAUAUGAACGCGAAAUUGGCAUGGAGGACGAUUAUUGCCUUGUCUAUCAUCUUUCUCGGCGCCAUGCUGUUUCUCUACCGAAAUAUCGUGCCCCCAGUGGUCGUCUACGUCAACUCGUACUGCUUCCAAUUUAUGGCAAUUUGGAUUGCCGGUCAAAUAUGGCUGAUCAUCCUUCUGGAGGCCGAUAUGCGCAGCGCUUUCAAAGCCCUAUUCAACGCUAAAGUUCAAGUAUCCAACAACCUACGCGACGCCGUCGGCAACAAGAUGCAAUUUGAGAGCCUGGAAGAGACGAACAUCUACUUUGCCCAAUUGAGGAGCAUGUGGAAU